GAUCUUCGGAUAUACGUAAUCUUUCGGACUUGUUCGCCGCUGUUUAUAUACAAUCUCGUCAUCCCUUGAUAAUGAAGUUCUGAACAUAUCAGGCUCUGAACAUUAUCCAAAAUGGUGACUGAAAGCGAAAAAGAACAAGGCUUUAUGCCUGAUCCCGAAAGGGACGCGCCGUCUGAUAUCAACACGCUCACAGGCCCAGAUGAGGAAGCCAUCUCAAGAACAAAGACCAACGUCUCAAUAGCUGAAACCUUCUCGCUCCCUCGUGAGAUACUCUUUGUUGCGAUUAUCUGCAUGGCGCAAUUCAUGACACAAGCCGCUCUCGGAAACUGUCUCAACAUCAUCCAUAUCAUCGGCGACUCAUUCAACCUCACUAAUCCCGCGGAGCUAAGCUGGCUCAUCGCCGGGUUCAGUCUCACGGUCGGAACGUUCAUCCUCUUCUCCGGUCGUCUUGGCGAUAUCUUCGGAUACAAGCGCCUCUUUCUCAUCGGUUUCGUCUGGUUCGCUGUUUGGUCCAUGAUUUGCGGCCUUGCAAACUACUCCAACCAUGUUCUGUUCAUCUUUGCCCGAGUGUUCCAGGGCAUUGGGCCUGCGCUUGUUAUGCCGAACGGUCUCGCUAUCCUGGGAGCUUCGUACAAACCUGGUGGUAGAAAGGCUGUUGCGUUUGCGCUGUUUGGAGCUUGUGCGCCUGGUGGUUGUGUUUUUGGAGCUUUGUUCGCUGGACUUUUUGUUCAUGGGGAUCCUGCUUGGUGGCCUUGGACUUACUACUCCUUCGCCCUUGGACUGGCGUUCAUUGCGCUCAUGGCGUACUUCAUCAUUCCGGACCCGCCUCACAAGUUGUCGUCUGCCGAUAUGAGCUGGCGAGAUAUCCUUGGCCAGCUUGACCUUCUUGGUGCCACGACCGGUAUCACUGCACUGGUCCUCUUCAACUUUGCCUGGAACCAAGCCCCCAUCGAUGGCUGGGACAAACCCUGGGUAUUCGUCCUUCUUAUCGUUGGGGUACUCCUCAUCCCCGUUUUCUUCUACGUUGAAUUGCGCGUCGCUUCGCAUCCUCUCAUUCCCUUUGAUGCUCUGACCAGCGAUGUUGCCUAUAUUCUCGGAUGUAUUGUCUGUGGCUGGGCUACCUUUGGUAUCUGGGUGUACUACACUUGGCAAUUCUUCCAGAUGCUUCGUGGAGCAUCACCACUUCUUACGAGUGCUUGGAUGAGCCCCGUUGCUGUCUCCGGAGCCUGCGCUGCAUUGAUUACUGCAUGGCUUCUUCAUGUGUCGCAUCCUGCUUUGGUCAUGCUGCUCGCUCUCACAGCCUUCACGACUGGCACUAUCCUGAUGAUGACAGCCCCCGUCGAGCAGUCUUACUGGUACCAGUCUUUCUUCGGCCUUAUCAUCAUGACGUUUGGCAUGGACAUGUCGUUCCCGGCUGCGACGCUGAUUCUCUCUAAUUCUGUCAAGAGAGAGCAUCAAGGUAUUGCAGCAAGCUUGGUUAGCACCAUAGUCAACUACAGUAUCAGUUUGGGUCUUGGAUUCGCUGCUACAGUGGAGGUUAACGUUACAAACGGUGGAGAGUCAAAGCAUGAGUUGUUGAUUGGUUAUCGAUCGGCUUUCUACAUGGCCGUUGGCUCCGCCGGGCUGGGACUCGGUAUCAGUAUUAUCUACUUCCUCAAGACGAAGUGGUAUCAGAGGAAGGCGAAGCAAUGAACAGGGAAGUUAUAGAAUGGCGGUUUCAUGGAAUCAUGUUUGCGGGAGGGAAAUUUGAUAGAUUAUGACUUUAUAGACACGGCCUACAGCCUCAUGAUAGAAUUUAAGUUACCGAUAAGAAUUUGAUCUGGCG